AUGAGCUUGGGUACCAGUGUGAUCGAUGAGCAAGUAGAAUGCGCAGCUGAGCAUGCCACGAAGAACGUCGACAGUCCUGGGGUCCACGAAAGCACCAACAACGGUAUCAGCAAUCCUUCGGAAUCGAUGCUCUCAAGGUUCGAGCUCCUCCCGCCGGAGCUUCUGCUCAGCGUCAAGAGUCUCUUGGGGAAUACAGAUGCCAUCCACUUGGGCAUGUGCAGCCAGACUCUAAGGAAGAAAGUCCACCAGUCACCCAGCACAGAGGAGCUGAGCAAGGCUCAUAUUUCCACCCCUACUCAAAGCAAACUAGAAACGGCGAUCAUCUGGCUCGGCGUCUUCCACCCCGAAAUCGAAAUCCUGCGGCUCACGUAUCUCGUCUUACGCGACUGCACCCGAUCACUGCCAGAACCACCCUCAUCGGAGGAGGCUAGAGUCAGUCUCCUCAAGACCAUGAUCAAAAUCCAGAAGGCCCAGCUGCGCCUGGACGACGAGUCGCUGCGCCGGCUGCGAGAGCUGGUGCAGGUGAACCAGCGUCAGAGCGCGCAGCUCGACGAGAUCAUUCGGUUGCUGAGGGCGGCGCUGGAUGACCGGGAUACGGCCUCGGGGGUUGGGGAGUUCUGCCACCCACGGUGCCGCACCUGCGCCAACUUCGGCCCCUACCUCUACCUUCCGGCCCUCUCCCGGGUGUGCUUUCCGUGCUUCCUGUGGCACGGCCGAUACCGCGUCGCCUCCCUGGAGGACGUCCUGCAGUUCUACCGGCUGCCCCUCGAAGACUGGUGCCAUCUCCCGGUCAUCUACACCGCGUUUGACCUGCUGGGCAAGUAUCCGAUGGCGGAGCGGAUGCUCAUCGACAUCACGCGGGCCGAAGCCCUGCACAAGCAGCGCGGCAGCCCCCCACCGCCGCGCGAGAGCUCCACGUACCGGAACUAUCAUGGCUUGACCUUCCACUGCCGGCAGGCGUCCACGGUGGCCUUCCCCUGCUGGGACCCGCACACCCGCGCGGCCGAGUCCGGGGCCUACUGCCUGGGGUGCACCGAGUUCUGGGAGCGAUCUCGCCCGAAACGCCGCCGGAAUCCAAAAAUCUGGGAUGAGUACUAUGCGUGGGGCCCCGGGGUCAAUUGGCGGGGCCGCGAGGCGGUCGAGCGCGCUUUUCGGGUCCCCGAGCUGCGGCUACACUUCCGGACGUGUCCGCAUGUUGUCCGGCGGCGGGUUGGACACGCAAAGGAGGUGGUGGCGCGGAGGUUUGGCGCCCCGAUUGGGCGGGUCUUUCGGAUUCCGACUCCUCCUCGUCGUCGUCGUCGUCCUGAGGGUCGAGCAGCGCCGAGACGCCUCAGUAGUCAGGCUGCCGCUCACUACUGCACCACCCACCUCGGUGGUUCUUCGCUGGCUCCACCUCUCGAAUGGCCUCGCAUAGCUGAAUUUACCUGUUGA